CCCUCCGUUUCCAUGGACAACCCGUCCGUGAUCACCCAGGUGACCAACCCCAAAGAGGAGGAGAUCCUGUCCUGCGCCCAUGAGAAAGUGUCCCAAUGUAAUAUCAGUUUGAAGAAACAGAGGAGUCGAAGUAUCUUUAGCACCUUAUUCUGCUGCUUUCGUGAUUACAAUGUCGAACCACCAUCAAGCAACAGCACCGGUACUCUCCCACCAUUGGUGGAGGAGAAUGGGGGACUUCAGAAGGGUGACCAGAUGCAGGUCAUUCCAAUCCCAAGUCCACCAGCUAAAUACCUCCUGCCAGAAUUGACAGCAUUGGACUAUGGGAAGAAAUGUGUGGUCAUUGAUUUAGAUGAAACAUUAGUGCACAGCUCAUUUAAGCCAAUUAACAACGCGGAUUUCAUUGUCCCUGUUGAAAUUGAUGGAACCAUACAUCAGGUUUAUGUAUUGAAACGACCGCAUGUGGAUGAGUUUCUCCAGAGAAUGGGAGAACUCUUUGAAUGUGUACUCUUCACAGCCAGUCUAGCCAAGUAUGCAGACCCAGUAGCAGACUUGCUGGACCGCUGGGGUGUAUUCAGGGCCAGACUCUUCAGGGAAUCCUGUGUUUUCCACAGAGGAAAUUAUGUGAAGGAUCUGAGUCGACUGGGACGUGAGCUGAGUAAAGUUAUUAUAGUAGAUAAUUCUCCUGCAUCUUAUAUCUUCCAUCCUGAAAAUGCAGUGCCUGUGCAGUCCUGGUUUGAUGACAUGACAGACACAGAACUGCUAGAUCUUAUUCCUUUCUUUGAAGGACUAAGCAAAGAAGAAGAAGUUUACAGUAUGCUUCACAAACUUUGCAACAGGUAGCCCUUAACUCUGACUGCUGCUGCUAGGUUGCAGUUGCUACGGGCCGUAGCCAUCUUUCACAGCUCUUUCAAAUGUAAGCUCUGGGGAGGCCUCUCCUGUCAGAAGUGCUACUCUUGAUCUUCCUGUUACAUUGUACACGAAGGACAAUCAUGAGUGAUGCUAUUAAGCCUUCAGAAACCUGACUCCUAAGGUCAUGUGUUCAGACUACUUUUUUUAGGAAAAAAAAGAAAAAAAAGAAGCUAUUUUAAAUGGGACUCUUUUAAUGAAUUUCAUAAAUGGACACAUUUUACUGGAUCAGCUUUUCUUAAAACAUGCCAAAAAGAAGCUUGUAUUUCAGCAGUCGAAUUUCUCUCCCUUCCCCCUCCCACUAUGCAGACAGUUUUACCCCCUGCUUAGAGCAGUUGACCUGACUCUGAAUUCUUUUCUUACAGAAUGAAGUGCCUUUUUGAAUGUUAUUUUAAGAUAAAAAAAAAAAAAAAUCAUUUUUGUAUAAGGUGUAUUUCCAGACAUCUUUUAGUCUUGUAUUGUCUAAAAUGCUUUAAAAGGAAAAAGGAAAAAAACAAUUAUAGAGCACUGUAAUAUAUGGUAACAAAGGAAAAAAGCUGAAACCAAGAUGCUGGGUUCCUGUCUCCACGCUGAAGUUGAGUUGUAUUACACUUUGUCAUGCUUGGAAGGUCUAGGAGCUUGUGUGAGGGGGUAACUUUGGUUACAUGUUUGUUGGCAUGGUUUUACUCCUUUUGGGCACCAUUUGAACAUAUCUGCAGUUGUUUGUGUUGGGAAUCGAUGGGGUUGGGGGAAAAUAUGGUGGCAAGUUAGAUCUGGAGUACCUUUUAUUCUAGACAGACCAAGUUCUACUGUCUCUGCUUACGCACAACUGCCAUGCCUCUCUCUUUUGAUCACCACAAUGAGAAACCGUUUAUCUCAGGAGGGAAGGUAAAGAUCUAUUUAUUAAUCUAAAAUUGUUAUCUUACAGAACCCAUUUGGGUAAGCUGGAUCUGUAUUGAGCUGUUCAGAGUAUUUUUUUUUUUUUUUUUCUCCUUGCUGCUACUGUAUACUCACCAAAUGGAGUUGACCAUCGGCUGUUAUACUGUUCUUUGCCGCUGUGCCUGUGCCAUGAAAACAUUUUGCUAUAAGCUGCAAACUUGGGCAAUAAAUGAAAAGCAGGUCCUAUUAUCCAUCCUCAUGUAUUAAAUCUGGGGUAUCUGAUAUGGCAGAUAGCUCUGAUAAAGGUGACCUGCAAGGGAUUUAAAAUUUAAACAGUAUUGCAUUUGCAUCCCUUUUUUGUUCUUUUAUGAUAUAUGUGAGUAUAUGUCAUAAAAAAGCAAUGAUCAAUUUUCAGACUAGAUUUUUUUUCCUUUUUUUUUUCUUUUUCCUAUGAAAAUGUAAGGAAUGUCAACUUUUUUUCCCACUGAAACCAGGAAAACUUACUGAGGAUCCCAUAUGCCUAUUGGGAACAAUAUCCUCUUGCUGAAAGGGCUGGAGGUGUUAUUCACACAGAAUUUUACUCUUACAUAUUCCUUAGGUAAUGGAGUCAAAUAAUUGUUAAGCUAGACUUUGAUAUUGUUUUUAACAUUCUAAAAAUACCCCUUUCUCAGUCUACUUGACUGUCACCCUUUUGUGGUGUUUUAAGCACACUCAUGUUCCAUUCAUUCAGAUUAGACGAAGCCUGAAUUUCUAAUGUAAAAUGUAUGCUUUUUUAACCCUUUCAGGUACUUUGAGGCAAAAAAGCAUGAUCCUUUUUUCCUUUCCAGUGUCAUCUUCUAACCAUUUUUGCACCAGUAGAAAUAUUCAGUCAUACAAAUUAUAGCCAUAUUUGGCAGACAUCACGGUUAAACUGAAUAGUUGGUGCUUUAAUAGCCUACUGUCAAAUACAGAGUGGUCGAUACUGUUUGCCUUUUUCCUGGUAUGGCCAGUAGGAGUUACAAGAAACUGACCUGGAUUGUAGUCCUUGACUAAAACAUUUACUAAGCAGCUUAAUAAAUUCAUCCAGAAAAGGGUAGGCCGGCCUAUGUAGGCUUGGAAUAGAUUAUCACAGGUGCAGGAUGACCGAGAGGAGACUUGUCUGCUUGCAGCGCAGCUCUGCACUGAGUACUUGCCAUGUGUGGUAGUGAGGGAAUUCAAAGCAGUAUCAUGACAUUUGUGAGUCUGUACAGCAACACCUUUUUGUUCUUUCUCUCUAUUGCCAUUACCCUAGUACUGUAUAUUUCUGUGCCAGGACAAAAGAUAAGUUCUGACAACUUAGAGGAAAAAAAAUCUAGAUUGUUUAAAAGGACGUAUGGAUUCUGGUUAGUCCAUUAAGUUUUGCAUUCGAUCUAAGAUUCUUUAAUUUUGUAUUUGAAUACAGAGUAACGAAAUCAUAAACUGCCAAAAAGUUGUUCUCUGAGCAGUAUUUUUAACUGUAUUUAUGGUCUCCAUGCUCCAAAUACAGUCUGCAGGGAAGUAUUCAGGUUGUAUUUUAUUGUGCAGGUAUGAUAGGAAUGGAUAAAAAAAAAAAAAUUAAAGAUUUCUUUUUUCACUAGCAUUAGACCAAACAAUCUUCUAACUACCAAUUAAGACAGUGCAUAACCCCUUUGAGACAUUACCAUUUUGACAGUUGUAAUCUGUUGUACAUAACACAAACCAUGUUAUUUCAUGUUGAUAAAAGCAGCGAUUUCAUGAACCAGUUGCCUUAACGUCUGUGAAUGAAUGUUGAUAUUAAAGUGUCUUGUAUUGUUUUGAAAUCCACAUGUAAUGGACAACUGAACUUCUGUUUCAACGUCUGGAAGAACCAUUUUAAUGACAUUCUGUAUGAUUAUUAUCUUUGUGUUUCUGUGUAGUUUAAAUACGGUUUUGGGCUUUUGAAAUCCACAAAAUUCCAGAAGAAUAGCGUUUUAAAUUUAAAAUAAAUAAAGCAUACAAAAUAAUACUCAGAUGCAAAAUAAGGGAUAACACUUAGAAAUAUAUCUCAUCUCUGUUAAUAUUUUAAGUGCAUUUUGUAUAUGGUUUCUGUUGCAAGUUUCUAAUCAUGAUAACUUUCACUCUAGAAGGAGGACGUUUUGGGAUAGUCCGUGAUUCCUGCCGGCAACAAAGUGGGAGUCUUCUCUCUGAUCAAGUUUUGGGUUUCCUUUAGUUUUUGAAUUUUUUUUAAAUACAUGAGCAGCUAUCAUAUAUAUACACCUUUUAUGGCACUUUAUUUUGCCACACUUAAAAAUGUCAGGCUUUUUAUAAGCUUGUUUUGAUUUCUAUAUCCUAUAUAUUUAUAGCACCUAGAUUUUAACAAAGCAAUAUAGUCUAAGCAGAAAGCCAGAAAAUGAGUGGAAUGUUUGUACAAAUUACAAUACGGGUAUUUGGUUUUACUUUAAAUAUGAGAUUUUGGAAAUCAAAAAAGGAAAUCAGAUCAUUUCCCAGUGCUCUUCCAUAUUUAUAGAUGCAGUUAAUGUGUCACCAGGGCUGUUAUAAACCUUGGUUUUCAAUUAUAAUUCCCAGGUAUUAUCACAAAACUACUUUAAAAAACAACAGCAGCAAAAGCUUUCCCAGCAGAUCAUUCUUUUCAGCUAAAUAAAGGCUGCCUGACCUGAAGUUCUGUUGUCCUUUCUAUGUUGGGUUAAAAAAAAGGGUUUUUGCCUGUAUAGGUAUUUUUAAAUUAAGCUGUAAGGCAGAAUGCCUUAGAUUCUUGAAAUUCAAUUGAAGUGUUACAAUUAAAUUGCCAUUUGUAAACUAGGGCUGUGCGCAGAAUUUGUUACACAUCAGGAGGUAUGGCAGGGUUUUUGAUGAAAGAUUUUAACACGUACAAUGUAGCUGUGUUCAUUUAGGUAGGUUGGGGGUGGAGAGGGAUCCUGUCUCGUUUUGCCCUUUUAAUAUAUAUAAAUAUAUAUAUAUUUUUAAACAGCAAAGUUAUCCAUGGAAGAAACCUGUCACAUGAAGAAUUUGGUUAUCAGUGUGUGCAAUCACUUGACCACAGCAUGAUUUUGAAUAGAGUGGUUGGGGACAAUAAAAUAUCUAAAUGACACUGGCUUGUACCGGCAUUGCAGCUUUGAAAUUUCAAUGUAAAAAGUCUGUAGCUAUAUAAUUGACAAACACGAUCCUGUUUUACAGAUUCUUUUUACUAAUAAAACACAGAACCGCACAGCCCUAUUGUAAAAUAAAAACAAGUUUGUGCCUCUGAUUUCAAAGGUGCUGUGAUGUAUGCCUUUGUGUGGAAAGCAGGGCAGGUAAGGCUUGGGAAGGGGAAUUGCUUGGGCUAACUAUGCAAAAUGAGCUGUCAGGUUUCUCUUCGUAUUUUCUUGUAAAACUCCAGCUGUCUGGUUUUGUUAAAAAUCUACUGGGAAUUUAUUAACAAAGGAAUAAGCAAUGGACAUAUUGCUUGUUUUAAAAAAAAAAGAAUGGGAGCUGUUUACACUUUAAUGCAUUGAACAAUCCAGCAAUACUUGAGAAACACUACAUAUACCGUGUGAGUGUUUUGAGGAGAGAGAAGUGUUGUCAAUCAGGUAUUGAAUGGUUUCUUUACUGUCACAAAUAAAAUUUUUUUAACAAUUUA